AAAAAUCAGAAAACGUCUAAAAUAUUUAAACUAAUUUUGUCGAAUCCGGCUAAUUUACUGCAUCGACAAAAAAACAAAAUGGAGUAUCCAUACCUGGGACCGAGCGCUUCAUACGACAGCACCGCAUGCAUGGUAGCGGCAAAUGCAGACAACCAGGGGUUUGGCGUUCCUUCGCCCUACCCUGAAUUCAACUCCUGUGCCCACGCCCAGGUGUCUCAGUCAGCAUUCCCGGCAUCGGCGUAUGCGACAAGCAUGCAGAUGAGAUCGGCAAACUUUGGAGCAGCCUGCCACACUUCGGUGCCUCACGUCGCCACCGCUGCCGCUUGCAGUCUUGGCGGCCUUAGAGAUACUUCACCAUAUUCAUCUGUUCCAUACAAAUUCUUCUCUGAAACUUCACACCAUACAAGUUUUGGAGGAUUACACGAACGUAGAAAACAAAGAAGAAUUAGGACAACAUUCACAAGUUCACAAUUGAAGGAACUCGAAAGAGUAUUUUCUGAAACACAUUAUCCAGAUAUCUAUACAAGAGAGGAAUUGGCUUUAAAAAUUGAUCUAACCGAGGCAAGAGUACAAGUCUGGUUUCAAAAUCGACGAGCGAAAUGGCGAAAAAUGGAACGUGCGAAGCAGCAACAGCUACAACCUCACAUUCCUCAAGGGAGUCCCACCUCGUCAAGUCCUGGUGACGUAACAAGUAUAAACUCAGAAACUUCGUCCUGUCACGAAUUGACUGGUAGAAGUGGUACAAUGGCGUCAUCGGGCGAAGGAGAACCCAAGGCGCCAGAAGCUGGAGCCAACGAACCCGCGGUCGCACAGGCGUCGAAAGAUGAUCAACAAAACGAACUUAGCACUGCCCUUGCACAAACAUCGUUGCAGAUGUCAAACCGCGAGCAAUCGUCUCUUAUAAAAGUUGGCCUGUCUCCAAACUCAACAAGUAAAAAGAAUAGCAGCAAUAGUGAACGCAGUCUAAACUCCAGAAAUUCGGGAACUACGUCAACUCUGGCGAUGGAAAAUCUUUCAUCGGCUCAUCCAGCAAGCAAUGACGGCAGUGACAUUGGUGGGUCGCUCUCUCCCGCCACCCCGUGUAUGCAAAAUUCGCACUACAAUUCGUCUUAUGAUCCCAAACAACACGUUGGACUAAAUCAAUCUCGUUCCCAGCAGCGUUCUUAUAAUGGUCAUGGAGAUACUGUUCAAGGUUCAAGCCAAGCAUAUGGGUCUCCCUCGUCUGUUUCAUGGUUGUUAGCUAGCGGCGCUGGGAAUCCACCAAAUCCACUCCACGGCGCACCAUUUGUGGACGUCUUGUCGGCUUUGACCCGGAAUGUAGGAUCAGCUGCUGCCUUGAUGACUUCAUCUCAUAUGUCGUCCCCACACUCUGCGUCAAUGUCUACGUCACCAUUAUCAGGAGGCGUUUAUCACAACUAUACGAAUCUUCAAUGUGGCCCAAGAUAUCAGGAUUGCUCAAAGCCGGUGGGCGAAGGAGCCAUACUUCACGGUGUAACUGUAAGAAAUAAUUCGAGCAAUGACUGCAGAACGAGACGUGGUUCACCGGUGGAUGGACGGGCGGAAAAUAUCAUAGCGUCACUUUGAAUUCACACUCCGUCAAAGCGUGUGUAUUUCUUUGUUCAAGAAAUAGGAGAAAAAUAGUGUUUUUCAAGAUGUUCCUAUUUCAAUAUCUACCUCAAACUAGGUAUGGCUUACAAGAAGAAGGUUGAAGAUUCCAUGCAAUUAAGAUUGCUUCUAAAGAGUUAUUAAAGUUGAGAGCUAUGAGAGUUCAAUCUUGAUUGUAAUCAGAGCUUGCAAGGGACAGCAAUGUAGAUGGAACCUAUGGGGGCCAAACCAUGAACAGUACAGCAAUGUUAAACACCACUGUACGUGUUUGGUAAAUUUUUCUUGAAGAUUUUAUAGAACCUUAUACAUAUUGAAUUGCUGGUAAU